CCAGAGAGAGAGUCCAGACCGCAGGGGAGAGAGGGCCGUGUGGGGAGGGAGAGGAAGAGGGGCAAGAUCACAGAGCUUGACACCCGGAGAGGAAACAGGCAAGAAAGAGAGCCGAGAGACCCGAAGAGAAGCGAAAGGCAGAGAGAGGGACAGAAAGAGAGAGACGGAGGCAGAGAGAAGCUAAGACACAGAUAUUGGAGGAAGAAGACCAAAGACAGAGAUUGACUGAACAGAGGAGACAGGGGAUACAGACAAGGAGAGUCUAGGACAGAAACCGAAGGGAGCCUUAUCAGGGAGGCAGAGAGGCCACUCAGGGGAGGCUUGGCUCCAGCUCUUCUGACCAGACUCUGGCAGGGCUCAUGAAGGGAGACAAGCCUGAGGAGCCGGGGCAGGGCCCCGAGCCUUCGGGCCCCCCACCGCCCACGGAGGAGGAGGAGGCCCUGCUCGAGUUCCACCGCUCCUACCGGGAGCUCUUCGAGUUCUUCUGCAACAACACCACCAUCCACGGCGCCAUCCGCUUGGUGUGCUCACAGCACAACCGCAUGAAAACAGUCUUCUGGGCCGUGCUCUGGCUCUGCACCUUCGGCAUGAUGUACUGGCAGUUCGGCCAGCUCUUCGGAGAGUACUUCAGCUAUCCUGUCAGCCUCAACAUCAACCUCAACUCAGACAAGCUCAUCUUCCCCGCUGUCUCCAUCUGCACCCUAAACCCCUACAGGUACAAGGAAAUUCAAGAGGAGCUGGAGGAGCUGGACCGCAUCACGGAGCAGACGCUCUUCGACCUGUACGAGUACAACUCCUCCAACACCCUUGUGGCCCACGCCCGCUCCCGCCGCGACCUGCGGAAGCCGCUGCCGCACCCCCUGCAGCGCUUGCCGGUCCCGGCUCCGCCCCGCGAGGCUCGCAAAGUCCGCCGCGCCGGCUCCAGCGUGCGGGACAACAACCCCCAGGUGAACAGGAAGGACUGGAAGAUCGGCUUCCAGCUGUGCAACCGGAACAAAUCGGACUGCUUCUACCAGACGUACUCGUCAGGGGUGGAUGCUGUGAGGGAGUGGUACCGCUUCCACUACAUCAACAUUCUGUCCAGACGGAGACAGGACACCUCUCCCUCGCUGGAGGAGGACGUGCUGGGCAAAUUCAUCUUCACCUGCCGCUUCAACCAGGACUCCUGCAAUGAGGCGAAUUACUCUCACUUCCACCACCCGAUGUAUGGAAACUGCUACACUUUCAACAACAAGAACGGCUCCAACCUCUGGUUGUCCUCCAUGCCCGGGGUCAACAACGGUCUGUCCCUGACACUGCGCACAGAGCAAAAUGACUUCAUUCCACUGCUGUCCACGGUGACUGGGGCCCGGGUGAUGGUGCAUGAACGGGAUGAGCCUGCCUUUAUGGAUGAUUCUGGCUUUAAUCUGCGGCCCGGCGUGGAGACCUCCAUCAGCAUGAGUAAGGAAGCCGUGGACAGACUCGGGGGCGACUAUGGCGACUGCACCAAGAAUGGCAGCGAGGUCCCGGUGGAGAACCUUUACAAUACCAAGUACACACAGCAGGUGUGCAUUCAUUCGUGCUUCCAGGAGAGCAUGAUCAAGGAGUGUGGCUGUGCCUACAUCUUCUACCCACGGCCCGACGGUGUAGAGUUCUGUGAUUACAGGAAGCAUAAUUCCUGGGGUUACUGCUACUAUAAGCUCCAGGAUGCCUUCUCCUCAGACCGCCUGGGCUGUUUCACCAAGUGCCGGAAGCCAUGCAGUGUGACCAUCUACAAGCUCUCUGCCAGUUACUCACAGUGGCCCUCCGUGACAUCCCAGGACUGGGUCUUCCAGAUGCUAUCCCGACAGAACAACUACACCAUCAAGAACAAACGGGAUGGAGUUGCCAAACUCAACAUCUUCUUCAAGGAGCUGAACUACAAAUCUAAUUCUGAGUCUCCCUCAGUCACGAUGGUCACCCUCCUGUCCAACCUGGGCAGCCAGUGGAGCCUGUGGUUCGGCUCCUCUGUGCUGUCCGUGGUGGAGAUGGCCGAGCUCAUCUUUGACCUCCUGGUUAUCACCUUCCUCAUGCUGCUCCGGAGGUUCCGAAGUCGAUACUGGUCCCCGGGCCGAGGGGGCAGGGGCACCCAGGAGGUGGCCUCCACUCCAGCCGCCUCUCUCCCCUCCAGUUUCUGCCCCCACCUGGCUUCCUCCUCCUCAUCCCCGCCGGACCCUGCCAUCUCCCCAGCCUUGUCAGCCCCUCCACCUGCCUACGCCACCCUGGGUCCCCACCCGGCUCCAUCAGGCUUGGCAGAGGCCAGCCCCUCUGCCCACACUUCGGGGGAGCCCUGAGAGGGAAGGACGGUGUCCCCUCCCCAAGGCAGGCACUUCCCUCGGUGGGAGGGACCCGGCCUUGGCAAGAUUCAAGAAUGUUUGGCGGCUUCCUCUCAGAGCUGCCCAGCUGCCCCUGGUGUGUGCGUGGGUGGCGGGGGGUUGGGGGGUGAAGCAGGAUGGAUAGGGGGCUACGGAAAUUGCCUGGAGACCCCUGGCCAGCAUCACCCCGGUUCCUCCCUGGACCCGCUGGUCUUGCCUCGAGAACACUUUGCUCUCCCCCACCCCAGUGCAGCCAAGUCCUCUUUUCCCUUGGAUCAGCCAAGCCAAACUUGGAUCUCUGUCAAACAACUUUCCUAGGAAACAACGGAUGACCAGAACAAAACAGACAAGGGCACACAAAGGCGUGUGUGGUUUCCUUCCUAAAGAUGGCUGAUUCGGCUCCAGAAUGGCCCUCCCCACUGCCUUCCAGUGACACAGGCGUUUGCUCCUCUUCUUGAACGGGGGUGGGGAACCCCACCCCAAAAGCCCCCUAGGUUAGUUGCUAGGCAAUUCUGUUUGCCUGACUCCCAGGGCAGGGACUGGGGCAGCCCAGUGUAGUGAAGACCUGGAUUCCCAGUCAGCCUCACCACCCCAUCCCCCACAAGGAGCCUCGCCCAGUGCCUCUGCCCUGCGUCCUCGUCCUUUGUAACUCUGCAUAUUUGCUCAAGCUAUUUCCUUAGCCUGGAAGCCUAACCCCCCACAUCUAAUCCUCCAGCAUCUGCUGGAGAACUCCUAUGCAUCCCUGAGAACCCUGCUCAGAUACCAUUACUUCUGUGAAGGCUUCUUCCCCACCCUGUCUUCCCCAGAUCUUACCACUUCCCUCUUCCGUGGACUCCCAUCACACACCAUCACAUCUGUGGAAGUGCUGACGCUGCAUUUAAUUUUCCUGUUCAUUUGUGUCUGUGUCCCCAGCAUGACCGAGCUCACAGUGGUUAGGGAUUGAGUCUUGUUCAUUCAUGUAUCCUCACGGUCUAGUCCAGUGUCCCACUUGGAGCAAGUAGGCAGGUACUUAAUAAAUGUUGUUGCAUAAA